GUUCACGUUUCAGUAAAAUUUCCAAUAUCGCGUGAAAAUAAUUGCCUUACGCAUGAACAAACAAACGCAAUCGAAGUUUAUGUAACGGCGCUGGCCAUUCCGGUCUGGCUGCAAUCAGUCGACAGCAUGGCGUCCCGAAGCGCGGUGACUAACAGUGCUGUGGUCGGCUUGUGCAUCCUGUGCGUGGGACACGUGCUGCGGCUGCCCACACGUCUGCUCAGCGACGACACCAAGCGUGAACUCGGCUAUCCCCCGGACUCCCUGCUCAACUUCACCGAGCGCUGCGCACGGUACGGCUACCCGGCCGAGGAGCACCGCUUGCACACGCAGGACGGGUAUAUCCUGACUUUGUUCCGGAUGGCUGGAGCCAAGGGGGGUAGCAUCUCCAGGGAGCCACCCGUCAUCCUGAUGCACGGUCUGCUGCAGAGCGCUGACGCGUGGUUGGACGCUGGCCCGGGCGCAGGCCUCGCGUACCUCAUAGCGGACGCCGGCCACGACCUCUGGCUGGGCAACGUGCGCGGCAACUACUACUCCCGCGACCACGUCCACCUACGUCCAGAUACAGACCGCCAAUACUGGGACUUUUCUGUUGAUGAGAUAGGUCUCUACGACGUGCCCGCCACAAUAGACUACGUAUUGAACUACACCAAGGCGGAUAAGGUGAAUUACAUUGGAUUUUCCCAAGGCGCAGGAACAUUCUUCAUCAUGUGUUCCGAAAGACCGGAGUAUUGUGAUAAAGUGGGGCUUCUCAUCGCCUUAGCGCCGGCCGCUCGACACACAAACACUAAAUCUUUGCCUUAUAAAGUUUUAGCGAAGACCAUUAACUCCAUGGAGUACGUACUAAAUCUGUGUGGUAUGCAGGAAGUGUUCUCUAAAGGUGCGCUCAGUCAAGAGUUCCUCGCAUUUUUCUGUCAAUUCCAUUGGAUUUCGGAAUUAGUUUGCGGCACCGCCGAGGCGAUGUUUGAUUCGUUUCAUCCGGGUUCGAUACGAAAGGAGACUUUGAAAGUGCUUUUCGGACAUUUCCCAGCUGGGACGUCGACCCAGAAUAUGGCUCGGUAUGGGCAGAGUAUGAAUAGUGAUAGAUUUCAAAAGUUCGAUUAUGGUAGUUUUAAAAAUAUUAAAUUAUACGGAUCACAUGAACCUCCAUCUUACAAUCUGAGUGCAGUGAGUGCGCCGGCGGUGGUUAUCUACGGCAAGAACGACCGCUUAGUUGACGAGAGAGAUGUGAGUUGGUUGUUGGAGCGGCUGCCCAAUGUAAUGGAGGCCGUCAGAGUGAGUGACCCGCUGUGGAACCACCUUGACGUCACCUACAGUCACUUGACAAACCAUAGCAUUUUUCCUAAAAUUAAUAAUUAUUUACUUAAAUAUAGUAACGAUUGACUAUUUUAUUAGAGUACUUUCCAUUAUUUACACGAUACAGUGAACA